AUGUUUAUCAAUAUCUGUCAAUAUCUACCUCCAAAAGACUUAUUAUCAUUGGCUAGAGUUUGUAAAAGAUUCAAUGGUUAUUUAAGUUCUGAAACUUCUACAACAACUCAAGAAAUUUGGAGAGUUUCUAGAAUUUCUUAUUUACCUUAUUUACAAAUGCCUCCACCUGAAGGAAUGACUGAAAGACAAUAUGUUAAAUUGGUUUUAGAACGUG